AUGACGGAAAAGAGUGAUGAGAUGGAGAGUGAAGUGGAGCCGCACGAGCUGCAGAGAUCACCGAGCACCUUAUCCAUCAACACCGGGUCCAAGCAGAUGUUGAGGUUAAAGCGUUCCUUGGCGUUUAUGCGCAGUAAGAGUGUGGAGAAUUUCUUCCAGCGCUCCUACAGCGACGCCCGUCUGCCUUCUGAUGUCAUCGAUGAUGCCCUGCCCCCAUCCCCGCCUCUGCUUCCAGGUUCACCGUUGCCCAGCGAGAGCCCCAAACCAUCUUUAAGCCCCUCCUUCCUGGUACAGCAAAAGCUCCGCCCUGCACAAACACACUGCUUCCUGGAUUACGUGUUCCGUCGACCAACCAGCUGUCAGCUCUGCAAACACGUCAUCGUGGGGAAUUCUAAACAGGGUCUGCGCUGCAGGACGUGUAAAAUCUCAGCUCAUCUCUGGUGCACUGCAGAACUCUCACAGCAACCAUGCCAAGGAAAAGUUGGAAUGUUCAAGAGAAACUUCAGCACGCCUUCAAUCAUCAGCGACCUGUCAGCAAGUAAAGAGGCUCAAACUACACCAGAGGCGAAGGUGCGAGUGGACCCAGUCUAUGCUACAUUACGCUAUGGGACGUCUUUGGCCCAGAUGAGCCGGUCUAGUUUCGGGAGUGUGUGUGAGUCUCCAACACGCAGCCUGGGUGAUGGAGGAGAUGAGAAGGACGAAGCUGAGACGGAGAUGGACGAACGGAUAAAUAAUGACACAGAGAGCGCAGAUGCCCCAAAUCCAGAGACCUCGAAAACUGAAGCAGAGGAAGUGAUAAAGGUUCCCAGAUUUCAUUCGAUCCACACAUACGUGGCUCUGUACAAGUUUCUGCCACAAGAGCAGAACGAUCUGGAGUUACGUCCGGGAGACCGAGUGCAGGUCACUGAUGACUCGAAUGAAGAGUGGUGGAAGGGGAAGAGUGGAGACAGGGUGGGUUUCUUUCCUGCUAAAUUUGUACAGAGAGUGCGUCCAGGUGAGAGUGUGUGGAGAGUCACACAGAAUGUCCAUGGCAACCGAAACAUGGGUCACAUGACUGUUAAAGAAGAUCAGAUCUGCGUGGGGAAAAAGGAGGACAGUGACGGAUAUGUGAAGCUGUUCAGCGGGAAGAAGCGAGGACUGGUGCCCACACACUCCCUGGAGGAAAUUUAACACACAUCACACACUCCGUACUGACCCAGUAAAUACUGAAUACUGGUUAAAACUACUGAAACCUGUAAAGCCACUGAAGCUCUGAGAUGAUGACGAGGAUA